AUAUACAUUUACUAACUCUCUCUCUCUCUCUCUCUCUCUGUAGAUAGAUAGACAGAGCUGUAUGUAUGUAUUCUACCUCAAUCUCUCUAUCCGUUUACACUGUCUUUGAAACGAAAGCAGCAGUUUCAGAAACAGACUUGUACAAAGGAAAGAAAGAACAGAAGAGAAAAGAACGAACGAGAGGGUGAGGGAAUAAGCAAGGAGAGAGAAGGAAGAGAUGAACGAGACUUGCCGUGUGGUAGAAGAACCAACGCACGUCUUCGGAAUACACAGAUCAUGAUACCCGAAUAGGAAGGUGAUUUCUACAUAUCCGGGUGUCUCCUGUUUUUCUCUAUUAUUGACUAUCAGCGGCGCGCUAACCGGCUUCGAACGCACAUCACCAUGACCCACAAUGAAGCGCGUAGCCACUGGUUCAAAGAAGGAGCUAUUGGUUUAGGGGUUGGUGUACUAUAUGGCUUGACCAGCAUUUCAGUGGGGCACCCCAUUGACACAAUCAAAACAAAAAUGCAGGGUCAACAUGGUUUUGAAAAGACCAACAUGUUUCAGACUUUUGUGAAGACUUUUCAAACUCAGGGAAUUCGAGGCUUCUACAGGGGUUGUAUUCCACCAUUAUGGGGCUCAGGAAUAUUUCGCUCUACGCAGUUUGCAGUUUUUGAAGGGGCAUAUACCUUUUUAGACUCACCAUUUGGAAAAUCCACAAUUCCAUUAUCAGGAGGAAUUCAAAUCCGAGUGUUACUGGCCGGUGCUUGUGCCGCUACUGCUCGUGCAGUCAUUGAAACACCGUUAGAAUAUGCCAAGGUACGUGGUCAAGUAAACAGGUCUUGGAAACUAAGGCACAUUUACACAGGUUUUGGUGUGACGUGUUGUCGAACCCAGGGCUUGCUCUGUACAUAUUUUAUGCUUGUUGAUUCCGGCCGAAGACAUUUCCCAGAACAGUUCAAACGUCCCAUUCUUGGACCAUUUCUCACAUCUGGUAUAGCAGCUACUCUAGCCUGGUGGAUAGUUUGGCCCUUGGAGUACAUGAAAUGCCAAGUACAGUCUGGUUACGGCAGUCAGCAAAUCUCUGUGAUUAACCGAAUGAGGAAUAUCAUAAGAGAUAAAGGUGGGUUUUUUGCCCUCUAUCGUGGAAUAUGGCCCGGAACCAUCCGCAGUUUCCUGGCCAAUGGUAUCAGUAUGAUUGUGAUGGCUAAUGCUCAGAAGAAAGUCUCAGAGUGGGGCCUGCGCAAUUAGUGUGACAACUUUCAUGAAACUGAGGACAAUAGAGGUGUAACCAAAGAAAUAGCAGGCGGAAUUAGGAGGCAAUACCAGUGAAGCCAGAGACAAAGAAGGCAUAACAGGGAAAAACACCAGUGAAGCUAGGGGCAGUGUAGGUAUCAUUAGAGGUAACACCUGUGAAACCAGGAGCAAUUCUAGAGAGAACCAGAACUAAAGGCAAUGCCAGUGAAGUCAGGGGAAGUUUAGGGAGAACUACAGGUAACACCUGUGAUGCUAGAAGCAGUGUAAGCAUAAUAAGAAGCAACUCUUGUGAUCCUAAAGGCAGUGUAGGUAUAAUUAGAGCAAACCCUGUGAAGCUAGAGGCAGCACCAGUUGAACCAGAAGCAGUGUAAUCAUAACUGGAGCCAGUAAUUGACUGACCUUCGUUUCUAACAAUAACAGUUGUUAAUAUCCCAUUACAGUUCUGCUGAGGUUGACUUUGCUUUUCAUCCUUUCAAAGUCGAUAAAAUAAGAACAAUUGAGCAUUGGGGUCCCAAACUUGCCGGCCUUGUGCCAAAACCUGAAAUCAAUACCUUACAAUAGUACAGUGACAAGCUGGCAGAAUCAUCCAUUCAUCCAUCUUUAUGGUCUGAGUUCAAAUUUCACCAAGGUCAACUUUACCUUUUAUCCUUUCAGUGUUGAUGAAAUAAGUACCAGUUAAGCCCUGGGGGGGUGAUGUAUUCAACUUACCCCCUAUCCAGAACUUGCUGGCCUUGUGCCAAAAUUUGAAACCAAAUCCCACAAUAGUCUUCCAAUAUAUCAACAAAACAAUAGCAAGAAUUUAUAUAAAACUCUGUAGGUGUGUACCUGUAAAUGUGUAUAUGAAAAUGUCACUUCAUCGGUUACAAAGAUGAGGGUUCCAUUUGAUCUGAUAUGAAUGGAACAGCCUGCUUGUGAUAUUAAGAUUUAAGUGGCUGAGUACUCCACAAACAUGCAUAUCCUUAACAUAGUUCUCAGGUAGAUUCAGUGUGACACAAAAUGUGACAUGGCUAGCCCUUUUGAAAAACGGGUACAACUCGUUUUUACCAGCUGAAUGUACUGAAGCAAUGUGAAAUAAAGUGUCUUGCUCAAGGAUACAAUGUGCCACCAGGGAAUCAAACUCACAACUUUACAAUUGUGAGCUGAAUACCCUAACCACUAAGCCAUGCACCUUCGCAGAUGUAUACAUUUGGUAAAUGUAGUGUAUAUAGUAAAGCUACUGACAAAUCAAGCGAACAGCUACAACCCAGGUUCAAUUUCAACCUCUAGAUAAUUUAUUUUCUUUGGAAAAGACAUGCAUGCCACACUUUUCUGGCCUCUCCGACCAACUGAAGUGAGCUUUAUUUAACACACUGUCAUUUCACAUGCAUAUCAUCAUAUAUAUAUAUAUAUAUAUAUAUAAAAUGUAUGUGCGUAUCUGUGUGUGUGUGCCUUUGUGAAUUGGUUUGUCCCCCACCACUGCUUGACAACUGGUGUUGGUGUGUUUGUGUCCCUGUAACUUGGCGGUUUGGCAAAAGAGACCGAUAGUAUAAGUACUGGGGUCUAUUCAUUCAACUAAAAGUUCAAGGUGCUGCCCCAGCAUGGCCACAGUCUAAUGACAUAAACAAAUAAAAGAUAUCAAAACAGGAGGUUUUAAAAAUUUUUUGGUAUUAUUUAUUCACCAUUACAAGGUGAUGAGCUGGCAGAAUCAUUAGCAUGUCGUGCAGAACGCUUAACGGUAUUUCAUUCAUCUUUAUGUUCUCAUUUCAAAUUCUGCCGAGGUCGACUUUGCCUUUCAUCCUUUCAGGAUCGAUGAAAUAAGAUCCAGUUGAGCACAGAGGUUGAUGUAAUCGACUUAACACCUCCCCUGAACUUGCUGGCCUUUUGCCAAAAUUUGAAACUAUUAUUUAUUCACCUUUACACAUGUUUCAUUUGCUAAUAGGAAUUACAAAAUUGUUCAUGUUAGAUAAACUUGUACGAAAUUUCGUAUUAGAAAUUCUUCAAACAGAAUCAAAUAAUACAAAAUUUAUCUUUGGAUAAAGUAUUUAUAUGUAAUUAGAAAUCAGAAGUCAUAUUGAUAAUUAGAAGAGAAUAAUGAGCAAAUCUAGUAGCACAGAAAGGGGAGAGAGAGAGAGAGUUAAGGAUUGGAAUAAGUGUAUAUACAUAUACACACAUCAAUAUAUAUAUAUAUAUACAUACACACAUACUUAGAUUUUAUAUACAUGUAUAUAUAAAUACAUAUACAAAUACAUACGUAUAAAUAUAUAUAUAUACACAGACAUACACACAUGGAGAUUGCCAUGUCAAAAUGGUAUUAGAGACUUUGUUUCAACCAGCAUUAACAGGUUUAGGGUUGCAAGGCAAGGGAGAAAAGCAGCUGCACAUAUACUGUCUGCACUGACCAAUAAUCGUCAUACUUGCAACAUCUUUGCAAAUCGUUGGCAGGACUCAUCAGAGGGGAGCAACCUUAACACUUGUGCUGUGGAUGACAGGUCUUCUUGAGUGCAGCAAGGUACCAGAUAUCUCGGUCUCUUGUCAUCUCCUCUAUAAGGUUCAAUGUCCAGAGAUCGUCCUUCACUACUUCGUCCCAUGUCUGGGUCUCCCUCUUGUAUGAGUUCUGUCCACUUUCAGUGAUCGACACUUAUUUAUGGAACUGUUGACAUCCAUCCACAUCACAUAACCAAACCGACACUGUGUUUUUGUUUUUGUGUCUGUGUUUGCCAUACACACACCCUGCCACUGCUUGAUGACCAAUGUUGGUUUGUUUACACACCUAUGACUUAGUAAUUUGGCAAAAGAGACCAAUAGAAUAAGCACCAGACUAAAAAAACAAAAAUACUGGAGUUGAUUUGUUUGAAAAAAUGCCCCAGUAUGGCCACAGUCAAAUGACUGAAACAAAAGAUAAAACACAGAAGAUUCUACAUACCACAAAUAUUUUUAUUGACAUAUUAUUGGCAACAUACACUCUUACCAGUUCCCUCUGAUUUCAGAUUUUAUUCUAAGUACAUCUAGGAGUAUUUAUGUUAAUUUCCCAGCUAGACUUGCUCAAAUCUUACCAAUUUGAUUUUCACAAAUUCAAUGAAAUGUGAACUGACUCGACUCACAGUAGUUUCAUUGAGUAUCCUACCCAGAUUGCUCAUUUAGAUAUUAACCUUGUUGCCUGCCUGGACUUGUUAAUGCUAAACCCAUCAAUACUGUUUAUUGUGUAAUCCCAUCAAUACAAUGUUAACCAAACAAAUGUAGCCAGAACCUAUAAGACUCAGAGUUCAGCCCAGAGAGUCAAGGAGGGGCCAGUGACUUUUGUGAUCCUCUAGCAUUCAGAUUAUCUCAUAGCUUUGAGAUUUCAAUGAUGUUAUUCUUUUACUUGUCUCAGUCACUUGACUGCAGUCAUGCUGGAGCACCACUUUGAAGGGCUUUUUAGUCAAACAAAUCAGUCUUAGGACAUAUUUUUUAAAACCUGGUACUUAUUUUAUCAGUCUCUUUUGCCAAACUGAUAAGUUAUGGGGAUGUAACGCACCAGUUGUCAAGCUGGUGUGGGAACAAAGAUACACACACACACACACACACACACACACAUAUAUGACAGGUUCUUUGUUUCCAUCAAACAAAUCCACUCACAAGGCUCGAGGCUACAAUAGAAGACACUUGCCAAAGGUGCCACACAGUUUGACUGAACCUAAAACCCUGUGGUUGAGAAGCAAGCUUCUUACCACACAGCCACAGCUGUCCCUACAUUUAUUUUUAGAAUGACAUUGUAAGGCAGGUGCGAGAGGCUAGAUCUAGCCAGUUAGAACAUAAGACAGGAAAAAUCCUUGAGCAAGGACAUGGCCAGUUUAUAGGCUAAAGGGUUUUUAAAAAUAACCCACAUCACAACCCCACUUCAAUUUUGAGGGGUUCUUCCCCCAUAGGACCGAAAAUGUAACCUGUUACUACCCCAUACCCAUCAGUGACUCACGUGAUCAAACCCCUCCCAUCAGUAUGACACCUAACCUUACCUACCUAAUCACUAGUCAAAUGCUAUUUUAACUCCUAUACCCAAUGACAUAUCAAUAUUUCAUCCUAUUUAUUCAACAUAAUAGCAUAAGGGGUCUUGGGUAACUUGCUUCAGGCUGAAGCAAAUUUGUUUUCAAUCUUCAAACCCUGCUCUGCUUUUCAAGGUACUGCUUCCACCCCUAAAAGAAUCUAGAGGUUGGGUAGGUUGUAAGAUGUCUGUCACCACACACAUACAGAAUUUACUGCUCAUACAGAUACACUGGUGCAUGCUUAAACACCCUACGUCCCCAUAACUUAGCAGUUCAGCAAAAGAAACCUAUAGAUUAUGUACUAAGCUUUAAAUAAAUAAAUAAGUCUGGGGUUGUUUCAUUCAACUAAAAACUUAUGGUGGUGCCCCAGCAUGGCUGCAGUCUAGUGACUGAAACAAGGAAAAGAGAUUAAAAAAUCAUAUAUACACAUAUACACACUCAUGCACGUAGAAAGUUGGGGUAGGUGAGGUGUUGCUACUGUGUAAUAAUAAUACUCAUUCUCAAACAUAUUUAUACUCAGCUUCAAUCCACACAUACUCAGCUCCUCAUUCUCUGUGUUUGUCUUCUGUUACAAUUACAUUCACAUCUAGAAUCUGGAAUAUUAAAUCAGCCUCAGUAUUUAACUGAUGCUCCAUUUUAUCAAUCCUCAGAGAGAUGAUGAAAAGUAAGAAAUCUAGCUUUGCAGGAUUUGAACUUCAAAUGUAAAGGGCUGUAACAAAAUAACUAAAAGAUGCAAACAUUUUGUCCUGUGCCCUAACAAUUCUGCCAAACUCUUUAUGAGGGGAUACUGAAAGGUUCCUGGAUUUGGGUAAAAAAAAAAAAUACAGGAGGAUCAGUUAAUUAUGAUUUUAUUCAAUAUACCCACCCACCCCUACCUCCGAUUCAAGCAUUUAUUGCAGCAGUCCUUCAAUUUUUCUAAGCCCUGUAAUAGAACUUAGAAGUUGGGCCUCCAACCAGGCCUUUCAUGAUAACCUUGAAGCCAGGAACUUUUCAGUGUCCCCUCGGAAAUGUUGUCAGGUGAUGGUAAGCUUCUGGUGAACCAAGUCUGUGACUUGGUAUUCAGUUAACUCAUUCCACUUUGCUUUUACUUUGUACCUAAAAUUUCUGGCUGUUAUCAAUAGCCUGAACAGAGAUGGAUUCCAUCAGGCUGUUGACAUAUCCUUCAUACACUACAUGUAGACAAGUUUUUGUUGGUGACCCAGUACCCAAUAUGCUUAUAUCCAUCCAUCCAUCCACAUGUAGUAGGUGUGUAUACAUCUCUCCAUCCCACAUUCAGUAGAACUGUACAAAUCUCUAAUUAAAUCUUAUUCUAAAUU